UUGUCAACAUCUUGUCUCCUCGGUUUGCCUCCGGUCGUCUCACCUUCCCCGGGCUCGCUACACAGCCCUCCUGACUGAUAGCAUGGGACCCCCGCAAGGCGAUGGCCACGAGGGACCUGGUAGCAGCGAUCGUCGAGUUCAGCUCCCGCCGCCGCCUCCAGCCUCCUGGCCUGCUGCUGGAAGCGGCAAGCAACUCGGAGGUGCAGCAUCAGCUAUUGCGACUCACGUGCCCUCCUGGUCGGGCUUUGACGAGGACUUCGAGGUGCAUCUGCCUGGCCGAGAACACACGACCUUCUUCGUGCGUGUGGCAGGGCGCAAGCUCGCCGCGAUAAAUGGCGUCGCAGUGGUGCUCCAUGGGGGAGGCUUUACAGGCAUGUCCUGGGCACCAGCGGCGGGCGUGAUGAAGCGCCACUGCUGCGUUGUCGCGCCUGACCUUCGAGGUCACGGCCUCACGUCCUCCGCCGGCACCGACGCCCCAAGGGAAAGCGACGCCAACUACUGCGACGACGGUGAUGAGUGCGGCGGCGAGGGUGGCGCGGAUACCCCUCUCAUGUCCCUGGAUAGCCUAGCGGAAGACGUGACGUGCCUUCUCGUGGAAAUAUUCAGCUGCGGGAUGUUGUUGCAGCCGCAACUCCCGCAGCGACAGAAGCAGCCGAAGAAGGAGAAGCAGCACCAGCACCAGCACCAGCACCAGCACCAACAAGCACCGUUGCGGACGGCCUGCCCGCCACCCCAUCCCCCACCGGUUGCUAAAAGCCCCGCGCCUUCCUGUAGCAGCAGGAGCAGCGGCGGCGGCGACCCACCCAGCGGUGACCCGACUACCAUUGGAGCACAUCCCCCACCCCAGGGCUCAGAAGACCACGGAAGAGGCGUCGUCACCACCAAUACCACCCCCGGUAGUGCAACACAACCACAUCGCGCCAGCCCCGAAAUCCCUUCGAAUGACGGUGCGGCAGAAGAAGCACACAGCAGCAGCGGGAGCGGCAGCUCGAGUACCGGCAGCCCGACUAUCAGGCUCCUCCUGGUGGGGCAUUCCCUGGGCGGCUCUGUCGCGGUCCGGGUGGCCGGGGCGGCGCAGGAGCUCAGGGAGCGCUGCGGGGGCGCUGCGGAGAUCGCGGGGGUCGUCGCCGUGGACGUGGUGGAGGGGACGGCGCUAUCGGCCUUGGACGACAUGCCCGAGAUUCUUCGGAAGAUUCCCCGAAGUUUCCCGAGCAUGGAGGACGCGGUGCAGUGGCAUGUCAAGACGGGGGCGGUGAGGAACUCUGCCUCGGCGCACGCCGUGGUGCCUUCUCGCCUCAAGAUGGACCCAGCGCGGGAUGGGCUGGUUGAGUGGCGAACUGACCUGCGUGCGACGGAGAGGCACUGGCGGGAUUGGUUCGAGGGCAUGUCCAAGGCGUUCUUGGAGCUGCCUGUUCCAAAGCUACUGAUAGUGGCGGGUAUGGAUAGGCUAGACACGGAGCUCACCGCCGCUCACAUGCAAGGAAGGUACCAACUGAAGCUGGUGUACGGGUCCGGGCACAGCAUUCAGGAGGACCAGCCGGAAGAGACGGCGGAAUCGAUCAUCAACUUUGCCUUGAGAAAUUCCGUUCUCCGAAGGGGGACAAGCGGCGCAACCCACGGGGGAAAACCACCAGCCGGCGAGGAGGAAGAGCUGCUGCGACUCAAGCUUGCUAGAGCCAGGGAACAGGCGAACCGAAAUCGCCGAUAGCACCGACUACGCAGCAACCACUAGCGCUGUAGAGCGUGGAUGAAAGCGCCGUUGUGCACACAUACGCAGCGAGAUACGUGGGGUGUCAAGCGUGUCAAGGAUAGACUGAAGUCUAACCGCGAGACAGGCGUACGAGAAGGAGGGCUUUUAGAAGAACUGCGCCGCGGCGGCGGAGCACCGAUGUGUGCAACCCACUGAUCGUGCGCUCGCAAACAGCGGUACGGGUGUUAGACGACACUGCGCCAUGACGCGUUCGGGUGAUGGAAGUAUCAUCGAGCGUCACGCCGUAUGCGCACAUUGAGUUCCCCCGGGAUGACUUGUGGGGCCGAUUCCGAGGCGCAGAGACAAGGGAUGCCUCCCGGGAGGGGGGCUCCGGCUGUAGCGGGGAAGGGGGGGGGGCGCUCGUCAACAACGGCACAGAAAAAGCGGCGAGAUUGCCGGCGGGGUGUGUCUCGGCUUGGCUUCGACGGUAUCUACUGCUCAUGUUAGCAUCGUUGUCGAUUGUGGAGGAGAGGGGGGUUGGGGGGAGAGGGGUAACCGGGGCGCGUGUGUGUACAGGAAGGAGUAGCGCCGGUGUUUACCCCUUGCCAGGGCGCGGAUUGGAUGCUCGUCAUCCCGUUUACGUCCGCCCCGUUCGCCAGCAACUGAUGACGUCGACAUCCUCGAGAAACCUCCACACCCUCGAUCCUACCGAAAUCGCGGCGGGUCCUUGACGGCGGGCCUUCUUUGCUUGUUACUUUUCCUGAGACAACUACUAAAUCACCUCUCAACAGGUUCUCC